UGCGCAGCAGAACUUCUGCCGUGAUGGACAUGUUCUGUAUUGUGCUGUGUAACGUGGUAGCCACAGGCCACACGUGGCUCUGGAGCUUUUGAAAUGUUCUGCGGCAACCAUGGGAGAGAAUUGGAGACUGUGAUGUUCAAGGACGUGGCUGUGGUCUUCACAGAGGAGGAGCUGGGGCUGCUGGACCCUUCCCAAAGGAUGCUGUACCAAGACGUGACCCUGGAGAACCUCAGGAACCUGAUCUCUGUGGGACACUGGAAUCAAAAUGAGAUAGAGACUGUUCAUGAAGUUGCUUUAAGGUACCUUUUUCAUGAAGACCUUGUGUGCUGGCAAAUAUGGGACCAACUUCUGAGUAAGUUAACCAGAAAUGAAGACUCAAUAAUCAACCUGGGAAGCAAGGUUUUGGAUUUACUAAAACAAGGUGAUUCCACCUGUCAGUUGUGUGCAGGAGAAUCUACUCGAGUUUCAGAAGGCGAGAAAUAUGUAAGAAAGCCUCAAGGGGAAGUUCAGAGUUUCAACACUGUAAGGAAAGAAGAGUUUCCCAAGAAGACCAACCACAAUUGCCAGAAUAAAGUGUAUUUGAGACCAUCACAGAAUGAUCCAAGUAGAUGGCAGGAGGGUGACGGCAGAUGUAAAGUGUUAGAGUGUGAGCACUGUGACAGGAGAAGGACCUCUGGUUUUCACAGUGAUGAUCAGGAAAUGAGGAGAAGUGAGACAUCUUAUAGCCACAAGAAUUGUCUGAAAGACUUCUUGAAGGAAUCACUGCAGCAUAGUGUAAUCCACUCAGAAGAGCACACUUCUACCGAAAAUGUGAAAGGCAUCAACUUUAGCCCCAGUGUUGAAUUGCACCUUGGAGCAGAAACUCUUAUACAUCAUGAGUUUGGGGAGAGUGAGAGUUAUAGCUCGGAGCUUUGCACUGCUCAAAGUGUCCACACACAAGACAUAUGCAGAAAGAGUGAUGAGUGUGGUGAGGACAUGAGUCAGAGUUCACAUCAGACUAUUCAUCAGCAAGUCCACAUGGGAGAGAAAACCUACAAAUGUGCUGAGUGUGGGGGGAUCUUCACUCAGAGUUCACAACUUCAAGAUCACCAGCAACUGCACACUGGAGAGAAAUCCUACAAAUGUACUGUGUGUAGGAAGAGUUUUAGUCAGACGUCCAGUCUUCCAUCUCAUGAGCGACUCCACAGUGGAAAGAAAAUCUACAAGUGUGCUGAGUGUGGGAAGAUGUUCAGUCAGAAUUCAAAACUUCAAGUUCAUCAGCGAGUGCACACUGGAGAGAAACCCUACAAAUGUCAAUUAUGUGGGAAGAGCUUCAGUCGGAGCUCACACCUUCAGGUUCAUACUCGAAAUCACACUGGAGAGAAACCCUACAUAUGUGCCGUGUGUGGGAAGAGCUUCAGUGAGAGUUCAUAUCUGCAAGUGCAUCAGCGAGUACACACUGGAGAGAAACCCUACAAAUGUGCUGUGUGUGGGAAGAAAUUCAGUCAGAGUUCAUAUCUUCAAGUGCAUCAGCGAGUGCACACUGGAGAGAAACCCUUCAAAUGUGCUGUGUGUGGGAAGAGCUUCAGUCAGAGUUCAAAACUUCAAAUUCAUCAGCGAGUCCACACUGGAGACAAACCGUACAAAUGUGCUGUGUGUGGGAAGAACUUCAGUCAGAGUUCAAAACUUCAAGGUCAUCGGCGCAUUCACACUGGAGAGAAACCCUACAAAUGUCCUGUGUGUGGUAGGAGAUUCGCUUGGAGUUCAUAUCUUCUAGAUCAUCAGCGAGUGCACACUGGAGAGAAACCCUACAAAUGUCCUGUGUGUGGGAAGAGCUUUAGUCGGAGUUCACACCUUCAAGUUCAUAAGCAAAAUCACACUGGAGAGAAACCCUUCAAAUGUGGUGUGUGUGGGAAGAGCUUCAGUCAGAGUUCAUAUCUGCAAGUUCAUCAGCGAGUGCACACAGGAGAGAAACCCUACAAAUGUGCUGUCUGUGGUAAGAGCUUCAUUAGGCGUUCACAUCUUCAAGAUCAUCAGCGCAUUCACACUGGAGAGAAACCGUACAAAUGUGCAGUGUGUGGGAAGCAUUUCAGUUGGCGUUCAGGACUUAAAUUUCAUCAGCGAGUUCACACUGGAGAGAAACCUUACAAAUGUGCUGUGUGUGGGAAGUGUUUCAGUUGGCGUUCAGGACUUACAUUUCAUCAGCCAAUUCACACUGGUGAGAAACCUUACAGAUGUGCUCAGUGUGGGAAGAGCUUCAGUCGGAGUUCAGAUCUUAAAGUUCAUCAGCGGGUACAUACUGCAAGGAAACCUCCAAAUAUCAACAAAUGUGCUGAGUGUGGGAAGAGCUUCAGUCGGAAUUCAAACCUUAAAGUUCACCAGCGAGUCCACACCGGAGAAAAACCCUACAAAUGUGCUGUUUGUGGGAAGAGCUUCAGUCAGAAUUCUAGUCUUCAGUCUCAUCAGCGAGUGCACACUGGAGAGAAACCCUACAAAUGUGCUGUGUGUGGGAAGAACUUCAAACGUAAUUCAUACCUUCAAGUUCAUCAGCGAAACCACACUGUAGAGAAACCCUGCAAAUGUACUGUGUGUGGGAAGACCUUCAGUCAGAACUCUAGUCUUCAAGCUCAUCAGCGAGUACACACUGGAGAGAAACCCUACAAAUGUACAAAACCUUACAAAUGUGCUGCAUGUGGGAACAGUUUCAGUCAGAGUUCAUAUCUUCAAGUUCAUCAACGAGUUCACACUGGAGAGAAACCCUACAAAUGUGCUGUGUGUGGGAAGAGCUUCAGUCAUACCUCCAGUCUUCAUGCUCAUCAGAGAGUCCACACUGGAGAGAAACCCUACAAAUGUGAUGUGUGUGGGAAGAGCUUCAGUAGGCGCUCAUGUCUUAAAGAUCAUCACCGAAUCCACACUGGAGAGAAAUCCUACAAAUGUGUUGUGUGUGGUAAGAACUUCAGUAGGCGUUCAUAUCUUAAAAUUCAUCACCGAGUCCACACUGGAGAGAAACCCUACAUAUGUGCUGUGUGUGGAAAGAGCUUCAGUCAUACCUCCAGUCUUCAUGCUCAUCAGCGUGUUCACAGUGGAGAGAAACCCUACAACUGUGCUCUGUGUGGGAAAAGCUUCAGUCAGAGCUCUGGACUUCAAGUUCAUCAGCGAGUCCAUACUGCAGAGAAACCCUACAAAUGUGCUGUGUGUGGUAAGAGUUUCCGUUACAACUCCGGACUUCAAGUUCAUCAACGAGUUCACACUGGAGAGAAACCCUACAAAUAUGCUGUGUGGGAAGAGCUUCAGUCGAAGUUCACAUCUUAAUGUUCAUCAGCAAGUCCACACUGGAAGGAAGCACUACAAAUGGGCUGUGUGUGGUAAGAGCUUCAGUUGGACCUUAGGAAUUCAAGCUUAUCAGGAGAUCCACAUAUAGAUAUGCGAUAAGUGUAGCAAAUCUGGUAAAGGCUUUACCCAGGUUUCAAGUCUUCCCAGUGAUCAUAGCAUCCAUACUGGGCAGAAAGUCUACACGUUUCAUUUCCCAUGAGGGCUUUAGUGAGAAUUUAUAGCUGCAGGUGGAUGAGAGAAUACAUAAUGCUGGUAAGCACAUCAUUCCUGAUGGGUGUGUGGUAUAAGUGUUCUUCAGAGCUUAGACUUCUGACUUUCAUUAGAGAACCUACACAGAUGAGAUGGUUUAUACAGUGUUGUGUGUUAAGAAUUCAGCAUAAGCUUAGUUUUCUACAGUCAUGUGAAUUCCAUUGGAAAAAACCUCCGUCUUACACCAAUGUGGUCAGUGUUCCAGCUGACUUGAAAAUGUUACAAAAUUCAGAAAACGCACAACAGAGAAACUCUAUGAGAACAAUACUAUGAGUUUGUCAGAACCUUCACACUUUCUAAAGUCUAUGGAAGAGAGACUUAAAAGUGAAGACCCCUAGGACCUUAGCAAAGGUAGAUUGAUGGAUUUGACAAAAUUGACAUUCAGGAGAAUGUCAGCUUCCUGGAAGCAGGGAGUUUGUCCACUGCUGCUAGCCCAUGACAGCAAACCAGUGCCUGAGUAAUAGUAAGUGCCUGGAAAUGUCUCACAUGAGGGAGAGAAAAAGCUGUGAAAAAUAGGGUAACUAGACAAAAAUUCUCAUGAGUCCAACCUCAACUAGUAAUAAUAAAUUGUAGUAGAAAAAUGAUUUUUGUAAGAAACUUAAAACUUAAUUCAAGGAGCCCUGGCUGGUUUGGCUCAGUGGAUUUAGCACCACCCUGCACAGGAAAGUGAUUCCCAGUGUAGAACACAUGCCUGUGUUGUGGGCAAGGUUUACAGUGAGGGGUGUGUGAGAGACAACCACACAUGGAUAUUUGUCUCCCUCUCAUUCUCCCUCCCUUUCCCUCUGAAAAAUAACUAAAACAUUAGGGAAAAUACAGCUUUUAUUUCAUUUUUAGAGAAGGGAAGGGAGGGAGAAAGAGAGGGAGAGAAACAGAUUGGUUUUCUCCCUCAUGUAGCCCAAUUAGGGAACGAACCCAUAACUGGCCAUCUUUCCAUCUGAGGACAACACCCAACCAAUUGAACCAUAUCUGUCAGGGCAAGGGAAAGGGACUUUUAAAAAUGUAGCUUUGUGUUUUGUUCCUUUUCUCCUGGAUGCAUGAUAAGAAAUUGAUAUAAAUGUUUAUAUGCUCACAACUUCAUAAACACUGGAGGGAUCCCCAACAGGGAAAGCUGCAAUGGAGAGUGUCAGAGCCGCAGCUCCCUGGGAUCGUGCUUCCAGUGAGGAAAAUACUUAAACUCCGAGUUUUAGGAACAGGAGAUGUCUAUAUAACUGAUGAUUUUUGCUGAUUCUCUGUGAAUAAACAGAGGCAACAUAAAUACAGAAUCCAUCUAGAAAUGGAGAUACACUUUUAGAGAUUUUAUUUUAUUUUUAGACAGGGAGUGGGGAGAAAGAGAGUGAGAGAAACAUCAGUAUGUUAUUGCCUCUCAUGCACCCCCAGUUGGGGACCUGGCCCACAACCCACGCUUGUGCCCUGAAUGGGAAUUGAACAGCUGGUCUUUUCAGUUGCCAGGCCAACAUUCAGUCCACUGAGGCACGCCAUCUAGGGUCACUUUUGGAAUUUUCAAAAGCAGUUUUUAGUUGCUACUGAACUCUUGGGAAAAUAGGUGACUGACUUUGAGCCAUUUGUGUUUGUCUAGCAUGUUUUUCCUCAAAAUUUUAUUUGUAGUUAACAGUUGACAAUAUUGUGUUAGUUUCAGGUGUACAGCAUAGUGAUUGGACAUGUAUAUAGCUUUUGAAGUGAUCCCCUUGUACAUCCCGUGUGCGCCUGGCACCAUGCAUAGUUAGUGCCACAUUACUGACUAUAUUCCCUGUGCUGCACUUUACAUCCAGGUGACUGUUUUGUGAGUUUGGACCGGGAUCACAGCUGUCUGGCAGGUUGCAGCUGUUUUUUAAAUUCUAGCAUCACAGAUCCUAGUGUCCUGAAUCUGUUUUUAAGCUGAUCCCAGAUUCUGCCUGAGCUGUUUCAGUCCCCACUCAUGCUGUGCUGAAUUGCAAUGGGGUCAGAUGCUUCCCUGAAGAAACUGGUUGAGACAGUGUCAGUACUGCGGAUUUAGCUCCUACUUGUGGGUGCAUAUUUGGAGGAAAUGAAAACAUGUUACCAAAGAGCUAUCUACACCCUCAUGUUCACUGGAGCCAAGAAAUGGAAACGAUGUGAAAGUGUAUCCUGGAUCAAGAUGAAGUUCAUAUAUAUAUAUAUAUAUAAUGGGACGGUAUUCAGCCCCGAGAAAGAAGGAAAUUCUGCCAUUUGCAACAACAUGCUACUGGCGUUAUGCUAAGUGAGAUAAGACAGAGACAAAUACCGAAUGAUAUGUGUUUAUGUGGAAUUUUUUUAAAAAGGCAUAAAAAGAGAGUAAUGGUGGUGACCAGGAAGUGGGGAAAUGGGAGAGAGAUUUAAGGGCACAAACUUGUGACUACUAGAUAAUUAAGUCCUGGAGACCUACUGCAUGGUAUUGUGAUUAUACACAACCAAACUUGAGAAACAUUAAGUUUCCUCAGAGGCUAGACCUUAAUUAUUGCAAUGCGUGAAGAAACUUUGGGAUGAGACAGCAAUACUAGCUAAGUCUCUAAUGCCAAUCACAUUGUAAGAAAUGUAUCAAAUCAAUAAGCUGUACCCCUUGAACAAAAUGUCCUAUGGCAAAUAAACCUGCAAGAAGAUUAAUGGAAAAAUAACCCAUCAUGGAUGCAGCUGGGUUCAGUGGGUGCCCUGGAAGCACCCCAUAAAAGGGCUUAUUGUCUGGUGGCAUCAUCUGAACCUGAGCUGGUGGACACUGUAAACACACACACUGUCGAAUUUCUAACUUGGGAGCCCUGUCUGUGGGAUCAAACACACUUGGACCUUGAUAAGGGGAGACUGCAUUCAAAAAGACUUGUGUUAGGGAGGAUGCUCCCAUUUGAGAAUCUGCAAGUGCCUCCCAUUGAACCAGAAAUUGCUUUUCUUCAUAAGGCAGGACAGGAAGAGCUAGGAGGGAAUGUGUGGGAGAGAAGGCGGGGAGGGGGAGGCGGCCAAGCAGGGCUUCAGCAGGAAAUGUCUGCUGUCUGCAGUGUCAUGCCAGGAAUGUCCUGCAGGUGCCUGAGAACAGUAGGUAAGGUCAGAGGCCCAGAAGAAGUGCUCAGAAAGUGAAACUACUGCUUCCCAAGUCCCCUGACCUGGGAACCUCCAUUGUCACAUAGACCACACCACACCUGUCCAGUGGUGGGUUUGUUCAUUCUUCCAGUCGUGCAUUCUGCCCUUCAUGGGUUUGAGGGACUCGCCAUAGGAAGGGAGUAAGAAUUCAUCACCUCUAAGGCCACAAAGAAGUUUAAUGAAUAAUAUCCAAGGAGAAUGACUGAAGACUUCUUGGAGGCAACAACUCAGGAGGGUUUGGAAGUACGGGUGAAAGUUCUCUAGGAAAAUAAAGGGAUGAUCCUGGAUGGUGUGGCUAGGUGGGUUGAACAGUGACUAGUGAACUGAAAGGUUACCAGUUCAAUUCCUAGUCAGGGCACAUCUCUGUGUUGGGAUCUGGGUACCUGGCCAAGAGCAUGUCAUACGCAGCUAACUGAUGUUUCUCUCAAAUAUCGAUAUUUCUCUCCCUCUUCCUCCCUCCCCACUUGUCUGAAAAUAAAUAAAAUCUGUGUUAAAGAAAAAAA